GAAUUUGACAUUGUCGAACAAAUGCAAAAACAGGAAGCUGAAAUUACUUGGUCACAGUUAUUCCAAUUUCCUGGAAUGAAGCGAACUUUGUUAAAAAACUUAAAAGCCCCUUGGAAAGUUGAUGGUAAAACUGCUGCUCAGGAAUACCAACCUCGGGCAACUUCACUUAAAUGUACUGUCCAUAUCGAUAAAUACUCU